AUGGUGGUGCUCAUCCUAAUCGCCCAGACUGCGACUUGCAGAGUUUUGAACAAGAUCGAUGAGAUUUCAAUUGUUGAGACUCCUUUACACGUAGCUGCAGCUGCAGGACAGACCGAGUUUGCAACGAAGAUUAUGAUGUUAAAGCCAUCAUUUGCUAGGAAGCUUAACCCAAAUGGCCUCACCUCCUUGCUUCUUGCAAUGCAUAAUAAAAACACCCUAUUGGUGCGCAAGCUACUUCAUGUUCAUAAGGACCUUGUCUGCGCACAAGGAAGAGGGGGUGUGAAUCCUUUACACUAUGCAGCCCAAAAAGGAAACCUCCUUUUGUUGGCUGAAUUUCUAAGAAUCUGCCACAAAUCUAUUGAAGAUGUGACAAGUCAAAACGAGACUGCUCUGCAUGUUGCACUUAAAAACGACAUGUUUCAUGCUUUUCAGCUCCUGGUUGGAUGGCUUCGGCGGGCCUGGUUUAAAAAUGCGAGAUUCUGGAAGGCGGGGGUGCUGAAUUGGCCGGAUUUGGACAGUAACACUGUGUUGCACAUUGCAGCAUCCAAAAAUCAACUCCAGGCAAGUUCUUUCAACUAUGUUUUCUACUCAAAGAAGUAA